AUGAUUCGUGCACGAGAAUCACCACCAAAAGGACUUGUGGAAAAGCGCCGUGCGCAAUUCACACAAGUCGAACAUUCCACAUCAGCUGAUGAGACUUUGCGAGCUCCACGCUCUCGUUCAGUGCCCAUUUCAGCCGUGCUGCUGAACGCGCAAAGACCGCAAUCGCGUCCCACCCGGGAUGAAGUACACGAAUGUGGUGAGGCGACGACGACUAUGGAACGAUUGAGCGAUGGUGACUCAAGAAUGGUCAGAGUUAUCAGAGAAAUCGGUAGAGAACGGGGACGUCAUCUCACACAACCUCUAUCGAAUGCAGCCGUUAGGGCUGCAUCCCAUUCACUCAGCCGCGGCUUUCCCAUCGUUACAGUGAAUGUGACGGAUCCAAAAUCGUCUAGGAGGCGAACUGUCAGUGACAUCCCACAACCGGUAAUUAUUGAGGUAAGUCGCACAACAUGA